AUGCAAAAAAGGACCGCGGAUGAGGGCGGCGUCAAAGGUGUCCAACAAAGCGAACCACAGGUUGCCCGCCUUUCGUUGUCCUUUGAUGUCCGAGAUGAUAAACUCAAUUGGUUAGCAAAGCAGAAGGAAAGCACUGGUGUGUUCAGAAAUGCCUCAGGAAAUGAACUGCAGUCAUUCAAAUUUGAUAUUGUAUUUCAUGUGGUUGCUCUUGAGGCCACCUUCCAUGCGUUCUCUGACUCUGGCGUCUCGUUCGUUGCCGUGUUUAAGAACGCCGCGGACAUUUAUUGCUCGUUUCACCGGGCAAGAGCGGGCAGGUUGCGAUAA